CAGUAUGGCGCCUGUUGUAAAGUCACCGAAUGAUCCCCGAGAGUACCGGGUUGUUCACUUAGACAAUGGAUUGAAAGCAUUGUUAAUAUCAGAUACAAACUCAGUUACUCGUCUCAAGCACCACGACAGUUCCAUGUCAACAACAGAUGAAGAAGAUACUGAAAGUGAAGAUUUAGAAGGCGAGAGUUGUGAUGAGGAUGAUUUUGCCGAUGACAAGGACGACAUUGAUGAGGAUGAAAAUGAUGUCACUGAUGGCAUCACUGGUGAAGGUUUGGAUAGAGAGGAAGAAGUUGGCAGUGAAAGAUUACGAAAUUCAAAAGACACAAAACUAUCUGCUGCAGCUCUUUGUAUUGGUGCUGGUAGUUUUUCUGAUCCAGAUGAUAUCCCAGGAUUGGCCCACUUUCUGGAGCACAUGGUUUUCAUGGGUAGUGAAAAGUAUCCUGAUGAAAAUGCAUUUGAUGCUUUUGUAAAGAAACAUGGAGGAUCAGACAAUGCUUCAACUGAUUGCGAAAUGACCACCUUUAUCUUUGAUGUUAGAAGAAAGUACUUCAGAGAAACUUUAGACAGAUUUGCUCAGUUUUUCAUUUCUCCUCUUCUAAAAGAAGAAAGUGUUGAUAGGGAAAUACAAGCUGUGGAAAGUGAAUUUAGAAUGAGUUAUCAGAGUGAUUCUGUAAGGAAAAUGCAGCUUCUUGCACUGCAGGCUAACCAGUGUCAUCCAUUUGGAAAAUUUCUCUGGGGUGAGUUUGACAACUGAAAAAAUUUAGAUGUUAAUGCUUCUCUGAGAGAUUUUCAGCGGAGAAUGUACUCUGCACAGUACAUGACACUGGCUGUGAUUUCUAGAGAAUCUCUUAACAGUCUUGAAAAGAUGGUUAGGGAAUCAUUCUCUGAAAUCCCCAACAACUCACUGCCAAAGCCAACAUUUCAAGAGUACACAACCCCAUUUGAUGCAUCCAAGUUUCAUAAACUAUACAAAAUGGUUCCAGUCAAGGAUGUACAUCAGCUUGAAAUCACUUGGGUUCUACCCCCACAACAGAUGUAUUACAGAAUCAAGCCAAUGCAUUAUGUCUCUUGGUUAAUGGGACACGAAGGACCUGGUAGCAUUUUAUCCCUGUUGAUAAAAAAAUCAUGGGCUGCUAGUUUACUGUGUGGCAAUGGAGAGUCUGGUCAAGAAUAUAACACUAGUUUUGCAUUAUUCCCAUGUUUAAUUAGUCUAACAGAUGAGGGGAUGGAGCAUAUUUAUGAGAUUUUGACUAUUGUGUUUCAAUACCUGGAGUUGUUGAGAAAAAUUGGUCCACAGGAAAGGAUAUACAAGGAGCUUCAGACAAUUGAAAAUAAUGAGUUCAGAUUUCGAGAACAGUGUGAGCCUUAUGACUAUGUUGAGGAUCUCGUAGAGAACAUGCAGUUGUUUCCAGAAGAAGAUUAUUUAACAGGAGAUCAACUGAUGUGGGAGUUUAACAAAGAGGUUAUUCAGGAUGUUCAAGAAAAGCUUACACCUGGAAAAGCCAAUAUAUUGCUCCUAUCAAAGAGGUUUCAAGAUGAGUGCAAUAAUUAUGAGCCUUGGUUCCAGACUCCCUACAAUUGUUCUGAUAUUGAUCCAGAGUGGCUUGAAAGCUGGAAAAAUCUUGAAUUAAACCCAGAACUGCAUUUCCCAGAAGAGAAUAAAUUCAUUGCGACUGAUUUUGAAAUCAAAGAUCCUGAUAGAACUCCAAGCGAGUUUCCUGAGUUGGUUCGUGAUUGCCCUCUCGGGAAGGUCUGGCACUCGAAGGAUACGAAAUUCAAAACACCUCGAGCCAGGUUUUAUUUUCAUCUCAUGUCGCCGCUAGUAAACGCCAGCCCUGAGAGCAUGGUUCUUUCCGACCUCUUCUUGAGUGUGCUGGAAUACAACUUGAAAGAAAUCGCCUACGCUGCCGAUGUAGCACAGUUAGGUUACUCCAUGACAGUUAAUGAAACAGGGAUCGUUCUGAAACUGGAAGGAUUCAAUCACAAGUUACCACUGUUGUUUGAAACAAUAAUUGAUCACAUAGCAGAUUUUUCUAUCGGUACCCAAACGUUUGAAAUGGUCAAGCGAAAGCUAAUGAGAUCCUAUCGCAACAGUAUCAUCAAACCACAGAAGCUGGUCAGGUCUGUUCGCUUGUCAAUCUUACAGCACGUUAAAUGGACAACUGUCGACAAGCGGAGCGUCAUCUCAGAUGUGACGAUAGAGGCACUUCAGCACUUUGUAUCCUGUUUCAAGUGCAAGUUGUUCGUGGAGAGCCUAAUUCAAGGAAACAUAACCUCACAGGAAGCCAUCGCUUUACAGGAACAGCUUUAUAGUAAGCUGCAGUUUAUGCCAUUAACGAGAUGUCUUCAUCCCGAGAUCCGAGUUAUGCAAUUACCAGAGGGUGAAUGCAUCUGCCGUGUGAUGGGAUUUAAUAAAGAAGAUGACAACACUGUUGUUACAAACUACUACCAGUCUGGACCUGCAUCCGUUGAAAAAUUUACCAUUAUGGACCUUCUACUGAUGCGAAUGGAGGAACCGUGCUUCGAUAUACUUCGCACUCAAGAACAACUUGGGUACUCUGUGUUCUGUUCUUGUAGAAACACAUUCGGAGUUCUCGGAUUUUCAGUCACCGUUCAAACACAAGCUGGAAAAUUCAGUGCAGAACAUGUCGAUGGUAGAAUCGAUGCAUUUUUGGAUGGAUAUGGUGAAAUAUUACGUACUAUAACAGAAGAAGACUUCAAGAGCCAGGUUGAUUCACUUAUUGAACUCAAGGAACAUGAAGAUCUUAGUCUGGCAGAUGAAGCUGACAGAAACUGGAUUGAAGUCAUAGAUCAGACUUACAUCUUUAAUAGGAAACGACAAGAAGUUGCAAUUUUAAAGAAACUUACCAAAGAAGAACUUUAUCUGUGGUUCUCAUCACACAGAAAAAAUGGGAAUAAAUACAGGAAGCUAAGCGUUCAGAUCAUUGGGUCAGGUCAGUGCGAGGCACGCGAUUGCGCCGAUAGCCAUGUGGACGCAGAUAGUGGCUUGGGUAACGAUGAAGAUUGGCAAAUACGUCCUCUGACGGUAGACACUUCUGGCACUACGGUCUUCUGUGUUAAGAACAUUUCAGAGUUUAAAAGGACGAGAGCUAUUUACCCUGUCGUGAAAAUUAAGUGAAGAAAACAGGGCCGUAGGAAUGAGCAACAGAGAUUGAAAAAAGAGAGGAAGUGUCAAUUAAGUGAGAUCAUUAAGCAGGAUAGAAAAGGUCGAACAAGAUUGUUUUUUUCGGUCACCAUGCCACUUGAAUCGUAGCCACCUUGUUACGUAAAUGGUCACGCUAUCGUGUAUAAUCAAUCGAGAGAAGGCGUGACUUUUAGCCACGACUCUCUCCAGCCUUCUUUGCGUGACUUGCAAACAUUAAGCAAGAAUCAUUAGAGAGAUUAGAAUAACUAUUGUCUGUAAUUUAAACAGCUUUAAAAUGAAUGUGUACUAAACUCCCGGAAAUCCCAUUAGGAAUGGUGUAGUCGUUUACAGCCAAUACAUUAGUAUUUGUUUCUGUCCAAAUUCGUAUGAUCUUUACCUUGCAAAAAGACAUUGUUAGUGGAAUGAUAAAUGCAAGUUAAAUUGGAAUGACUUAAUGCAUUGAUCUAUUUACUUAAGAGACAGGAAAUCUGUCUUAAAGUCAGAGUUUUCUCUUGUGAAAACUGAGAGAGGAA